AUUGGAUCCCCUACUUAGAAAGCGAUGUUACCGGGACAAUCGUGUUUUUGCUUAAAACAGACAAAACUGUGAGUGGGCAAAAAAAAACCGGAGUGGAAAAAAGCCAAACAUGCACGCUUUAGUGAACGCCUUUAUGCGUUGUCUCUCCUUCCUCCUGCCUCCCUCUUGGCUUUGUGUCACAUUUUGCUUGUGGGUUGGGAAUGAGUGCGAGGAGACGCUGCCGCGGUCCAAUCCCAGAGCUCGUUUCAAAAGCAGAAAGCCUCUUACAUAUGAGGAAGUAGCAGCCGUAGCAGCAGCAGCAUUAGAAGCCCGAGGAGGCUCCAGCCCGUCGGUCUCGUCAGGUCCAGGCUGCGUCUCGCUGGCUGCUAAAACCCCCGCUGCUCCUCAGGGCCCUCAUACGGGUCGGAUCUGGAUCGGGGGUCUCUGGCGAGCCGUGGAGCGCGUCUUCGGAGCCCCUUUGGUCCUUCUCCGCCAUCACUGGUGCCCUGAGAAGCAUCGAGCAGGUUUACGCACCCCGUAUCCUGUCUGUGCCUUCGAGUCGAGCAAGACUGUAAGCUUCCAGGGCGGCGCUGCUGCUGCUGCUGCUACAUCCGAGGACGAGAGGCGAGAGGCGGGUGGAGGAAGCACCUUGACUUAUCCGGGGAACAUGAGCGGGUCUGGGGGGAUCCUCGAUCCGAGCUCAAUGGAGUGCGCCUCGGAAACGUCAGUGGAGCAGGGCGUCGAUGAAGUAAUCACCGUGGAUCAGCACACGCAAGAGAUGGGGACGGUGACGAUAACAGUGGCCAUUCAGGCAGCGGAGGACGAGGAGCCUGAGGAAGUGUCAUCUAAUAUCAUUGACUUCCUCGGAGGCAGCUGCAGCGAGGAUGACAUCGGAAGACAUGAUAAAUCAAGUGGAGCCGGGACCAGCGGAGGGGAGCUGGAGGAGGAGAGCUGGCAGCCCCCGGAUUCGGAGCUCAUCCAGAAGCUGGUGGCUCAGAUCGAGUACUACCUGUCCGAUGAGAACCUGGAGCACGACGCCUUCCUGCUCAAACACGUCAGACGCAACAAGCUCGGCUUUGUCAGCGUCAAGCUGCUCACUUCAUUCAAAAAGGUGAAACACUUGACUCGUGACUGGAGAACGACUGCUUACGCUCUGAGACACUCGAAGGUGCUUGAGCUGAAUGAUGAGGGCCGUAAGGUGCGGCGUAAAUCUACAGUGCCAGUCUUUGCCAGCGAGUCGCUGCCCAGCCGCAUGCUCCUGUUGAGUGAUCUGCAGAGGUGGCCAGAGCUGGCCGCUCUCACUAAAGACAAUGGAGGCAUUGAAGGUGGAGCCAUUCAGCAGGAGCAGCUGAUGAAGCUGCUCCUGAAGGAGUUUGGAACGUAUGGCGCCAUCGCUUCUGUCCGAGUCCUGAAGCCGGGGAAGGACCUGCCGGCGGACCUGAAGAGGCUGAGCAGCCGCUACGCACAGCUCGGUACAGAGGAGUGUGCCAUCGUGGAGUUCGAGGAGGUUGAGGCUGCUGUCAAAGCCAAUGAAGCUGUGGGGAACGAGGAGGGAGGGGCGGGUUCUCUGGGGUUGAAAGUAGUCCUGAUCGGCACCAAGCCACCCAAGAAGAAGGUACCAAAAGAGCGACCUCGUGAGGAAGGAGGGAUGCGCAAAAGUCGCUCGCUCAACAGCCGAGUAAGAGAGCUGCAGUACCAUGGGGACGACUCGGCCUGCAGCUCCUCGGACACUGAGAGCAACCCCACGUCCCCUAGGCUAGCCCGGAAGUCUCAGUCCUGUAACAAGCUCAGUCCUACCACCGCAGGCAUCAGUUUCCAGAACAAUCACUUGAGUCCUGGUAUAUCCCCGCGCAACAGUCCCUGGUCCAGUCCCCGUGCCAGCCCCUGUCCUCAGCGCAAAUCUCCUCACUCCCACAAGUUCCCCUUAGCCAGCGAGGGAAGACUGAGCCCGGAGCCCGGCCGCCGCUGGGCAGACUACUCCUCGGAUAGUAGCCUGACCCCUUCAGGGAGCCCGUGGGUUCAGCGGCGUAAGCAGGUGGCGUCUCAGGAGAGCAGUCCAGUCGGCAGCCCCAUGAUGGGUAGAAAGAUCCAGAAUGCUGACGGUCUACCACCAGGCGUAACUCGGCUGCCAAGGGGUCCUGACGGAACACGCGGCUUUCACUGUGUCACUGUUGCCGAGAGGGGGAAGACGGCCGCCACUCAGACUUAGUGUGUGGAGCUCCCUUAUGCAUUCCCCAGAAAGUGUAGUGAUAGGUUGGAUAUUUGAGCUGUUCUUGGCCAUGUCACUCAGCCCCCCCGCGCCCAGCAUUUGAGACUGUGUAGAUAUAUUUUUGUUGAGUGCAUCAGUUUUCAGUCUUUGUUAUAUUUUUAUACGACUUUUUCAGUUACCAUGGUAACAUUAGUGAUUUACCAAUGGGAAUUUUGAGUGAAUGUAAAUUGACAAUGCUUUUCAAAAUGGACCAUGUCAUCUCCACUGUUGUCUAAUCUUGUUCAACAUGGGGCAGGUUGGAGAGGGAAUUCCACUUUUAUUUGAAUUGAAAAAUGUCCUCUGUCUUGUGUGUCUGUGGAUGGCGUGUAAAUGUGUUCUUGGUUUAAGUGACAUAGGCACAUGGACUUGAUAGAAGUAUCACCAUAUGCCUUUUUUCUGUAUUUGUCUACUGUGAGCUCCAUUUUUACAUGCUAUUUAAACUGAGGCCAUAAUAGCUCCACUGCCAUACAGGUUAGACGGUCAAACCAGGACAUGACGUUUAUUUUUUAUUUUGCCUAAUUUCAGUAUUUUCAGUACCUUUUGGCACUUUGUUGGUAGGGGUCUCUAUAGCCCUGUAAAUGUUUAUUUGUUCAGCAGAUGUCUGCUUAUUUAUUUUUUAGCCUUAUUUUAUUUUGUUUUGGCAUAUCUUUUUUUCCAUCAGUCUGCGCUCGCAGUGAGGUUUGAGGGAUCAGGUCAGGCAGAACGAGUGCUCGUAUGUUCUUGCCUUUACAUCGAAACCGGGAAUGUUUGUACAGUGCAAUUCCUAUUGUACAAAUAAAUCACUAAAAAUGCAAUAA